GAGAGAGCGCCAGCCUCUGCCGCAGCUCUCUUUGCAACCAGCUGAGCUUGUGAAGGCACAGGCCAUGGAACCUCCGCGCAGGGUCCAGACCUAUGGCUACUUCUGCCUAGGGGUGCACGGAUUGGAAAUCAGAUUCGAAUCUGUGCGGGGGCCAGCGCCAGCAGCCCAAGAACACCACGUGGUCCUCAUAAACCGUGAGGGCGCCAUGCACCAAGAAGGCUACGGGAACCUCGAGGGCCGCGGUGGUGGCCAGGAGCCCGAGCAGCGGCCUCCCGAGGAGCCACGCCAGGCGGCGGCUGCUGCCGAGGCGCCACAGCCCAGAAACCCGCAGCGACGUCGCAUCCAGCGCCAUAACUUCACUCAGUGGCAGCUGCAGGAGCUGGAAGGCCUUUUCCAGCACACCCAGUACCCGGACAUACUUACCAGAAGGGAGCUUGCAAGACGCAUAGAUGUGACCGAAACCAGGGUGCAGGUUUGGUUUAAGAACAGGCGGGCCAAGUAUAGGAGAAAUGUGAGAGCAGCAAUGCGUCAAGAUGCACCACCUGCAAACCUGGACUACCUUGUCAUCAUAACGCAGGAAGGGCCCUAAAAGACCAUCAUCGUUCAGGAACCAGAUUGGAGAUGGAUUCUUCUCGUACCACUGACACCUAGGCUGCCCAUGCAGCCCAUGCCACCCAUACCUCCUCUAUAGUUGUACUAUGAAUAAAGAGGUAAAUUCUCAA